UUGCCGUACGUGCUUAAGACUAUGAUAAGAUGCCAAGAGCGUUUCUAGUUCGAAAGCAGAAAGAGUAUGGGUUCUUACAUGUCAAUCACAUGCGCCGAGCACAGCAUGAACGUGUUGAAGGAACAUUCAUUGAGCAUGCCAUACCGGAAGCACUGUUAGAAAUGGAAAAGCUUCGAACGGACGAAGUCAAACAUUUUGAUGAAACUGUUGUCCAGUCGCGCAACUCGAAUGACUCCGAACUUCGAUCGAUUACCGAGUCUUCAUCACUUGAAUAUUCAGCAUUUAAAGCUGUGACGGAAAAAUCACCAAGAGGCCAUAGCGCUUUUCAGAAUGGACAACUAAUGAUGCUCAGUUCCCAUUGCAAUUAUUUUGAUCGCAUAGGACAUCACACUGUAGAUGGGCAUUUAACUGCGAACUCAUGCACUUUUUAUCAAGACCGGUUACUUGCUCAAGGGAAAAUGAAUACAAGUGUCUGUCCUGCCAGCUACAAUAACUGUUAUCACUGCAAAGCCUUUUACAGCUCCUUUGAUCUUCGCCAACGAGAAUGGAGUUAUAUAAAGUUCUCGAAUUGCAUAUCAAAGAAUCCGUAUAUGUUCAAAUAUGCGACUCAUGCCCCCGCGACAAAUGAUCUUCCACAUGGGUCGCCUUUUGGACCGCACGUAGGGUCCAACAAAGACCGAGACUUCCAAUCGAUCAAUCGAGGAUUUAUCACACAACUAAGCGAUACAAUAGAGCUAAUUAAUGGUGGUUAUGGUUUCAAAAACCCGUUAUUAGCCCCCAAUUUGGAAAAAGAUAAUGCUGUUAGAGAGUUCGUCCAUUGCUGCAAGAUGUGUGGACAGAGAUUUGAGGGUCAUCGACAACUACAGCGGCAUCUGAAGUCUCAUUCAGCAGUGAAGAGAUACCUUUGCAUCUUCUGUGGCAAGGGUUUCAAUGAUACGUUUGACUUGAAACGACAUACUCGAACACACACUGGCGUUCGCCCUUACACUUGUGAAAUGUGUCAAAAGGCCUUCACCCAGCGUUGUUCUCUAGAAUCUCACUGUCGCAAGAUUCACGACGUAGAGUAUCACUACGGCUACAAGGAACGCCGUCAAAAAAUCCACGUGUGCGAGUUAUGUGGUCACGUGACGCAAGACGUAAAUGCUCACUUCCGGCAUAUUAAUGACUCCCAUUGA